AUGUCAUGUCUAGAUCUCACCCCAGAGCUGUCAGCCCUUGUCAGGAGGAUUUCGGACCACUACGACUCUGGAGCACCGCUUUUCGACAAGCAAACACUGCUCGAUCUCGAAAGGCAGCUCGACGAACACCCCGAGUACGUCUCUAUUCAACCGUUCAACGGUGGACCGAAGUGGCGGGUAUUCGACUCCCUUCAUCCGGGUGAGGGCUCUGAGGGUGAAGAAAUAGCCCGAACGAUAAGAAUCGUGGGCCACAGAGACCUUUUCCCUUACGAUGACGAUGUGCGCCAUCCCAAACUCCUCUUCGACCCCCGUUGGGCUUUCUGGACCUAG